AUGAGUGACGCCGGCGACAGCGUCCACGACGGCUCGCCGACCCGACCAAGAACGUAUCGCAUAUCGACACUGAAAGACUUCCUGCCGCUCGCUGAGGGCUCUCCACGAUCUGGCCGUGGGCAUAACUUACCUGGUAUCGUUCACUCGCGCUCCAGCGCCAAUGUAGCCGGCCUACGAAGUGCCGUCUGGAGUCGUAGGCGUAGGAGCAGCUUGGGGGCAGAGGACUUCCCGCGUCGCAGCCAUGAAAGCGACCAAGCGAGCCAUGAUCGCGGUGUUGGCGAUAGCGAUGAUCAUGAACAUGACCGGCGGAUGAGCAACGCGGCCAACCUCCUCAUGGGGCCGCAGAUGCGCAGCCAGCGGUUGAUCGGUAAUAGCAACCCGCGGUAUCGGUGGGAGCAGUAUUGGAAGACCGAAGACCAGCUCAAGAACAUGCCGAAGAAAUUGCGCCGUUAUUACGAGCGGUGCAAUUACCUUGUUCAGCGCUAUAUGUAUAUCGAUCGCCUGCUCGACAGCAGUCUGCCUCGCGAUCUCAUCGAGGAGUAUCACAACGCUGGCGGUCAUGCUUCGGCUACACCCGAUGUCCCUCCCACUAUUACCGAGGAGGCUUCACCGAUAAGGUCUCCCGAAAUGCGCCAAGACCCGGUAACCGCAACGACACCCAACGGCACCGUUCCAAGAGUCAAACGUACGCCGAAGGACAUAUAUCGGAUCAAGGCGGAGGAAGCUGAGACGGAGCGAACGCCGCUACUUAAAGUGGAUAGUAGAGGUGACGAGGAAGCUCAGGUGAUGCCGCCAGACCUAGAAGAAGAGGAGGAAGCCGAUUCUCAAUCGCGCAUCGUCACCGUCGCCAUCAUCGUCAAUACUGUAGCCAACACCAUCCUCCUCGCGAUGAAGAUCGUCGUCGCAGUUUUGACAAACUCGGUCUCCGUUCUGGCUUCGCUCGUCGAUGCGGCAUUAGACUGGCUGUCAACCCUCAUCAUCUGGUCCACAAAUUACUUCAUCGCUCACACGGAUCAAUACGCUUAUCCUAUCGGGCGCCGGCGUCUCGAGCCAGUCGGCAUCGUCGUCUUCGCCGUGAUCAUGAUCACAUCCUUCACCCAAGUCGCAAUCGAAGGUAUCCAGAAGCUCAGCGGGCCCGACCACAGCGUCGUCCGACUCACCACCCCUGCCAUCGUGAUCAUGGCCAGCACAGUUGGCAUUAAGGGCGCUUGCUGGCUGUGGUGCCGACUCAUCCCCAACAGCUCCGUCCAGGCCUUGGCGCAGGACGCCAUUACCGACGUGGUCUUCAACACCUUCUCCAUCAUCUUCCCGCUGGUGGGCUACUACGCGCAGGUCUGGUGGCUUGACCCGCUUGGCGGUAUUCUUCUGUCCAUCUGGGUCAUCUUCCAGUGGUCUACGAUCUGCUCCGGUCACAUACGGAAGCUUACGGGUUGUGCCGCGACUCACGAUGAGCGGAAUGUGCUGUUGUAUUUGACCAUGCGGUUUGCGAAGACGAUCAAGAAGAUCCAAGGCCUGCAGGCGUAUCAUGCGGGCGAUAAGCUGAAUGUGGAGGUUGACAUUGUGCUGGAUGAGAAUACGAGUUUGAGGGAUAGUCAUGAUUUGGGGGAGAGUUUGCAGUAUGUGCUGGAGAGCCAUCCUUCAGUGGAUCGAGCCUUCGUGCACCUCGACUACGCAAGUUACAAUCUGCCCAGUCACAUGCAGCAGGAUUCUUAGCAAGGACUCUGUGGCUUUUGGCGGCGGUGACUGUACCUUAGGUAGCGUGUGUCCAUAUGACUCCGUACAUGUAACGAUCUCACUGUCUACAGCCACUACGUGACACGCUUGAGCGGUUACUGACAACAUCGUGGUGGUUGUACAAUAC